GAGCAAGUCAUUCAUGUUCUGCGGCCUGUACGCUGCGCUCGUGUUCGCCGGCCAGCACUUCAUGAGGGAAAGACCAAAGCUGAACCUGCGGCGCCCGUUAGUGCUGUGGUCGCUCAGCCUGGCCGUGUUCAGCAUCAUAGGAGCUUUCAGGACCGGUCUCUACAUGAUGCACAUCCUCACGACCAGCGGCUUCAGACAGUCGGUGUGUGACAUCAGCUUCUACAGCGCCCCCGUCUCCAGAUUCUGGGCCUAUGCCUUCGUCCUGAGCAAAGCCCCCGAGCUGGGCGACACUGUGUUCAUCGUCCUGCGGAAGCAGCGCCUCAUCUUCCUGCACUGGUACCACCACAUCACCGUGCUGCUCUACUCCUGGUACUCCUACAAGGACCAGGUGGCCGGCGGCGGCUGGUUCAUGACCAUGAACUACGUGGUCCACGCUUUCAUGUACACUUACUACGCGGCGCGGGCAGGCGGCAUGCGGGUUCCCCGUCCCUUCGCCAUGCUCAUCACGGCCACCCAGAUCCUGCAGAUGGUAAUGGGGCUGACGGUGCUGGGCCUGGUUUACUACUGGAUGCAUGAGGUGCGCUGUCCGUCCAACCUGGACAACAUCACGUGGGGCUCCAUCAUGUACCUCAGCUACUUGAUCCUGUUCGCCUUGUUCUUCUACAACACCUACCUCAGAGGCUCCUCCAGCGGCAAAGGGUCCAAGGCAGAGUAGAGAUUUUGCACCGCGCUCGACCGUCCUGUCAAAGUGUGCCAUCAGCAGAAAUGACCGACAGUGCGGGGCCAUGAAUGUGUGAGUCACAGCUGGUGAACCGGCUGCUACGUCCUCCUCUUGUUGCGUCAUCAUCAUCAACUGACUUUUAAUAUUCGUCUGUCCCUCAAAACACUGACACAUCAUCCACUGACAGCAGGAGAGAGGAGGCUGGUUCUGACACAGUUUAAUAUGAUCUGAUGAUUAGUUGGUGUUACACAGUGAUUAUAGAAACACGAGGGAGCUCCAUGUUUGUUUGACUAGUUCUCACUUCAGUGGCAACUUACACUCUUAACCAGUAUCUAAUCCUAUGAAGGCCAAGUAUUUGUCUGAGGUGAUGAACAAAAGUUUUUAUGUUGUAAUGAAAAGGUUGAAAAGCUCUAAACUAGAACAGAAUAUUGUAAAAGGUUAAAGGAUUUGUUCCAGAUUUUGGAAAAUACACUUGUUCGCACUCUUUCUCAGCCUGAAGGUAGUUAGCUGAGCAUAAAGACUGCAAGCAGGGGGAAACUGCUAGCCUGGCUUUGCACAAAGCAAAAACAGUCAAACUGACUAAUUUGAAUAUCACAUCUCUUUAGCUUAAUGUGUGCAUGAAAAAAUAAUCAUUUUAUUCUGUCACGUACAAGAACUGACAUUUUUCAAUUCGCCUUUUAUAAUUAUUUGUGCAUAAAAACCAAGAUGCAGCUUAUUUAUUUGUGAGUAUCUGAGAUGUUGAGUUCUAUUUAUCUCUUUGCCAACAGUGUCCCUCUAAAAACAGUCUUUGUAUUAAGCUAGGUUGACGUCAAUCUUCUCGUCCAACGCUGAGACAGAGGAACAAAUAUGUUUAUUUGCCUGAAAUGUCGAACUUCUCCUUUAAAACCAUGUGUUUUAGCCUUUAGCACAACUGUAACCUGCAGGAUCGUAACUAUGAAAAGGGAAUGAAGACUUUGUGCACUGAAUGUCAGAGGGGAGGUUAGCACAUGCAUGCACACACACACACAC